AUGGCAGCUAGGUUCUCCCCAACAUCGAAUUUGCUUCGCAAAUCUCGUCUAUUUGCACUCCCGCCAACACUGGCUCCCCCACCACAAGCCGUAUCCUCUGGUCCGAUAGCCGAAUCCGAUACAGCCACCCUUCCCUAUCCUAUCCGUGCAGCAAUUGUAACCCCGGAUUCUUCACUAGCAAGAGGCGAUUGGGGCCUCAAGCGACCGCUGCCGGCAAAGUCCACGAUACAGAGUUCAUCAACCCCCGUUGUCCGCAUCAAUGCUCUCGACACGUUCGAGCAUAUCACGGAUUUCGAGUCGGCUGGAGAUCACAUCAAGACCCUAGCGAAAUGGCAGGAGCUCAACCUUCCAAUAGUGCUGCCUAAAGACACUGGAGUUGCGGCACAGAUGGGCGGUGGGAGACGGGAGAGUGUCUUCGAAAGUAAAAUUGAUAAUACACAUGAGAGCAUCAAAUCAGAAUCUCCUGAUUCAAAACGAUUCAGAUUCAGAGGACCCUGGUUAGCCGGCCAAACAAAUUUUGAAUUCGAUAGGUAUCUGGCCUCUGUCCGUCGCCGGAAGCCAGAAUUUAUGAUGAAGCUUCGAAAACUGGUUGCAGAGGGAAAAUUGGCCGACGCAAGACGCAAAGCCCGGGAGGAAGGAAAGAACUUAGAUGAUUUACAGAAACCCCAAGAGAUCAGCGAUGAGGAGUUCUAUACAGCCCUAAGAAGCCUGAGAGCCGACCCUAUGGCACUGGGGCCGAUUAUCUCCAAGUUUUUGGAUCUUCCUCCCGCUCCACAAAAACCGAAUCACCGUAUCCAUCUCAGCAGCUGGAGUUCUGCGCCCUCCGAAGCAUCUUCUUCGGUGUAUGGCCGCCAGGGACCUCCCAAGACCCACCCUUCAGCCGGAUUAUCUUACCUACGAACAGGUGCACAAAUCGACAACCACCCGGUUGUUGGUCCACAAAAAUUUUCCCGACCAUUCCAAGCGCGUAUCCUAAGGCCCAAGCGCCGAUUCAGGGGAACUGCCUAUAAAGCCGUCGUUGCUGUAGGAGGUAUCGUGGCAGAGGACGUCAACUCCCACGCGUUCAGGGAGCAAAAUGGACCUGGGGGUAUUUCGGACUUUGAUCCUGAUGUCCCAGGAGGGUCGAAAUACUGGGUCCAUCCUGUAAGCGCAUCCAUCACUUCUGAAGGCAAGAUUUCUCUUUCCACCAAUCGGGCGGCGGAUACGCCCAAAGCGCUGUAUGGAGCCCUUCCUGAACCAGCUGAGCCGCUUGCGGACUACGUGCAUGGCCCUCAGCGGACAUAUGCUGAGUUAACUUCCACUUCCGGUGCGGAAGCUGGAAGGGAUGGCAACGUACAUGAAAUUUUCGACCUUAUCCGGGAGAAGAGAGUCUAA